CGGGGGCCCGGCCACUCGGAGCAGCUCCGCCGCGGGGACUGCACCGCCCGCCCUGCCGGACCCGCCCCGACCGGGGCUCGCCGCCUGCAGCUGCCGCAGUACCGCGACCUCGGGCCCCGCGCCGGCUAUGGCUGUACCCUGGGGCUGAGCGCACAGGCUGUGUGACCGAGAUUCCUGAGACAGACAGACAGACACUGAGGAGAGGAGAGGAAGGCGGGGCGGGCUCCUGGCAAGGCGUCUGCUCCUGAACCAAGACCUGCCAAGAUGGAGAAGGAGGAGGAGACAACCCGGGAGCUGCUGCUGCCCAACUGGCAGGGCAGCGGCUCCCACGGGCUGACCAUCGCCCAGAGGGAUGACGGCGUCUAUGUGCAGGAGGUGAUGCAGAACUCCCCUGCGGCCCGCACUGGGGUGGUCAAGGAGGGGGACCAGAUUGUGGGUGCCACCAUCUACUUUGACAACCUGCAGUCAGGCGAGGUGACCCAGCUGCUGAACACCAUGGGGCACCACACGGUGGGCCUGAAGCUGCACCGCAAGGGGGACCGGUCCCCCGAGCCCGGCCAGACCUGGACCCACGAAGUCUUCAGCUCCCACAGCUCUGAAGUGGUUCUGAGCGGGGACGAUGAGGAGUAUCAGCGCAUCUACACCACGAAGAUCAAGCCUCGGCUGAAGUCGGAGGAUGGAGUGGAAGGGGGUCCCGGAGAGACCCAGAGCCGCACCAUCACCGUGACUCGAAGGGUCACAGCCUACACCGUGGAUGUGACCAGCCGAGAAGGAGCCAAGGACAUCGACCUCAGCAGCCCUGAGUUCAAGAUCAAGAUUCCACGGCACGAACUGACCGAAGUCUCCACGGUGGAUGUGGAGACCCAGCCUGGGAAGACAGUGAUCAGAUUGCCCUCGGGCUCGGGGGUGGUGUCUCCCACUGUGGACAUCCGAGCAGGGUCCAUUUCCGCUUCGGGACCAGAGCUCCAAGGUGCCGGCCACUCCAAGGUCCAGGUCACUGUGCCUGGGAUCAAGGUGGGAAGCCCGGAUGUCACUAUCAGUGCAAAGGGCUUGGACUUGAGUAGCAAAGGGGGCGUCCAGGUCCAAGGAGUGGACGUUUCGUCUUCUCUAGGGCAUGGGGCAGUAGAGGGGCAGGGCCCAUCUCUCGAGAGUGGCAGCAAUGGGAAAAUUAAAUUUCCCACCAUGAAGGUGCCAAAAUUUGGUGUCUUAACAGGGCCCGAGGGCCAGGCCCCAGAGGCUGGGUUGACUGUUUCUGCCCCUGACUUCUCUGUGGGACACAAGGGUGGCCGGCCAGGCUUGACCAUUGGUGGGAACAUCCAGGCCCCCCAGCUAGAAGUCAGUGCUCCCGCUGCCAAUAUUGAGGGGCUCGAGGGGAAGCUGAAGGGCCCCCAAAUCACUGGGCCAUCCCUUGAGGGGGACCUAGGCCUGAAAGGUGCCAAGCCACAGGGAAGUUUGGGGGUGGACAUCUCUGUGCCCAAAAUUGAGGGUAGCAUCACUGGCCCCAAGGUGGAAGUCCAAGCCCCUGACAUUGAUGUUCAUGGGCCUGGGGGCAAACUGAACGUGCCCAAGAUGAAGACCCCCAAAUUCUCCGUAUCAGGUUCUAAGGGAGAGGGAGCUGGCAUUGAUGUGACACUGCCCGCAGGUGAAGUGACUCUUCCUGGGGUCUCUGGGGACAUCAGCCUGCCUGAGGUUGCUCUUGAGGGGCUAGAAGGGAAGAUGAAGGGUCCUAAAGUCAAGCCUCCUGAAAUGAUUAUUCAGAAACCUAAAAUCUCAAUGCAGGAUGUGGAUCUGAGCCUUGGGUCCCCUAAACUGAAAGGAGACAUUAAGGUUUCUGCUCCUGGGGUGCAAGGUGACCUUAAAGGCCCUCAAGUGGCAGUUAAGGGCACCAAACUGGACAUAGAGACACCCAGCCUAGAGGGGACUGUGACAGGCCCCAAGCUUAGUGGGCCUUCUGGUAAAGCAGGAACCUGCAGGAUCGCUAUGGCAGAUGUGGACCUAAACGCUGCUACGCCAAAAGUGAAAGGGGGUGUAGAGGUCGUCCUUCCAAAAGCGGAGGGGAAAGUCACUGUCCCCGACAUUGACGUCAGAGGCCCCAAAGUGGAUGUCAGUGCCCCGGAUGUGGAUGUUCAUGGCCCCGAUUGGAACUUGAAAAUGCCCAAGAUGAAAAUGCCCAAGUUCAGCACUCCAGGAGUCAAAGGGGAAGGGCCAGAUGUAGACGUGAAGCUCCCCAAAGGAGAUGUCGGUAUUUCAGGGCCCAAGGUCAGCGUGGAAGCCCCAGAUGUCAACAUCGGGGGCGUGGCGGGCAACCUUAAAGGGCCUGAUGUUAAGCUACCUGAGGUGAGUGUCAAGACACCAAAGAUUUCCAUGCCUGAUGUGGAUUUGCAUGUGAAAGGCCCAAAGGUAAAAGGAGAGUAUGAUGUAACAGCACCAACACUUGAAGGAGAGCUGAAAGGCCCCAAAGUGGACAUUGAUGUCCCGGAUGUGGACGUUCAUGGCCCAGACUGGCACCUGAAGAUGCCCAAGAUGAAAAUGCCCAAGUUCAGUGUGCCCGGGUUCAAAGUGGAGGGCCCUGAAGUGGAUGUAAAUCUGCCCAAGCCUGAUGUGGACAUUUCUGGCCCCAAGGUAGCUGUUGGUGCUCCAGAUGUGAGCCUUGAGGGACCAGAAGGGAAAUUGAAAGGACCCAAAUUUAAGAUGCCUGAGAUGAAUAUCAAAGCUCCAAAGAUCGCCAUGCCAGAUGUGGACCUACAUUUGAAGGGCCCUAGUGUCAAAGGGGAGUAUGAUGUUACAGCGCCAAAGGUUGGAAGUGAGAUUAAAGUUCCUGAUGUCGAACUCAAAAGUGCCAAAGUGGACAUUGAUGCUCCAGAUGUGGGUGUGCAUGGCCCAGACUGGCACCUGAAGAUGCCCACAGUGAAAAUGCCUAAGUUCAGCAUGCCUGGCUUCAAAGGCGAGGGCCCAGAAGUGGAUGUGAACCUGCCCAAGGCUGACAUUGACCUCACUGGACCCAAGGUGGAUGUUGAAGUUCCAGAUGUGAAUAUUGAAGGACCUGAAGGGAAGCUGAAGGGUCCCAAGUUUAAGAUGCCCGAAAUGAAUAUCAAGGCCCCAAAGAUCUCCAUGCCUGAUGUGGACUUACAUAUGAAAGGUCCCAAGGCAAAGGGAGAGUAUGAUGUUACAGUGCCAAAGCUGGAAGGGGACCUGAAGGGGCCAAAAGUAGACAUCAGUGCCCCAGAUGUUGAAGUUCAUGGUCCUGAAUGGAACCUAAAGAUGCCAAAGAUGAAAAUGCCCAAAUUCACCAUGCCCAGCCUUAAAGGAGAGGGCCCAGAAUUGGAUGUCAAUCUGCCCAAGACUGAUGUCGACCUUUCUGCCCCUAAGGUAGAUAUUAGUGCUCCAGAUCUGAGCCUUGAAGGACCAGAAGGGAAGUUGAAAGGCCCCAAGUUUAAGAUGCCUGAGAUGCACUUCAGAGCUCCUAAGAUGACCCUGCCAGAUGUUGACAUGGAUCUUAAAGGACCCAAAGUGAAAGGGAGUCUAGAUGUGUCUGCACCAAAAAUAGAAGGUGAGAUGAAAGCUCCAGAUGUGGACAUCAAAGGCCCCAAAGUAGACGUUAAAACACCAGAUGUGGAAGUUCAAGGUGCAGACUGGAGCCUGAAAAUGCCAAAGAUGAAAAUGCCUAAAUUCAGCAUGCCGAGCAUCAAAGGUGAGGGGCCAGAAGUGGAUGUGAAACUGCCCAAGGCUGACAUUGACGUCUCAGGACCCAAGGUGGACAUUGAAGCUCCAGAUGUGAGCCUUGAGGGUCCAGAAGGAAAGCUGAAGGGCCCCAAGUUUAAGAUGCCUGAGAUGCACUUCAAGGCCCCCAAGAUCUCCAUGCCUGAUGUGGACUUAAACUUGAAAGGCCCCAAAGUCAAAGGGGAUGUGGAUGUGUCUGUGCCCAAGAUAGAAGGGGAAAUGAAAGUGCCAGAUGUGGACAUCAAAGGCCCCAAAGUGGACGUUGCUGUCCCGGAUGUGGACGUUCAUGGCCCAGACUGGCACCUGAAGAUGCCCAAGAUGAAAAUGCCCAAGUUCAGCAUGCCUGGCUUCAAAGGCGAGGGCCCAGAAGUGGAUGUGAACUUGCCUAAAGCUGACAUUGACGUCUCAGGACCCAAGGUGGACAUUGAAGCUCCGGAUGUGAGCCUUGAGGGUCCAGAAGGGAAGCUGAAGGGCCCCAAGUUUAAGAUGCCCGAGAUGCACUUCAAGGCCCCCAAGAUCUCCAUGCCUGAUGUGGACUUAAACUUGAAAGGCCCCAAAGUCAAAGGGGAUGUGGAUGUGUCUGUGCCCAAGAUAGAAGGGGAAAUGAAAGUGCCAGAUGUGGACAUCAAAGGCCCCAAAGUGGACGUUGCUGUCCCGGAUGUGGACGUUCAUGGCCCAGACUGGCACCUGAAGAUGCCUAAGAUGAAAAUGCCCAAGUUCAGCAUGCCUGGCUUCAAAGGCGAGGGCCCAGAAGUGGAUGUGAACUUGCCUAAAGCUGACAUUGACGUCUCAGGACCCAAGGUGGACAUUGAAGCUCCGGAUGUGAGCCUUGAGGGUCCAGAAGGGAAGCUGAAGGGCCCCAAGUUUAAGAUGCCUGAGAUGCACUUCAAGACUCCCAAGGUCUCCAUGCCUGACAUUGAUUUAAACCUCAAGGGCCCCAAGGUGAAAGGUGAUGUGGAUGUUUCUCUGCCCAAAGUUGAAGGAGACCUGAAAGGGCCAGAGGUUGAUAUUAAAGGCCCCAAAGUGGACACUGAUGCUCCUGAUGUGGACGUUCAUGGCCCAGACUGGCACCUGAAGAUGCCCAAGAUAAAAAUGCCCAAGUUCAGCAUGCCUGGCUUCAAAGGAGAAGGCCCAGAAGUGGAUGUGAACCUGCCCAAGGCCGACAUUGAUGUCUCAGGACCCAAGGUGGACAUAGAUGUUCCCGAUGUGAACAUUGAAGGUCCAGAUGCAAAACUAAAAGGUCCCAAAUUUAAAUUGCCAGAAAUGAAUAUAAAGCCUCAGAAGAUAUCCAUGCCAGAUGUUGGUUUGCAUUUGAAAAGCCCUAAAGUGAAAGGUGAUUAUGAUGUUACAGUUCCAAAAGUAGAAGGAGAGAUAAAGGCUCCUGAUGUUGACAUCAAAGGCCCAAAAGUAGACAUUAAUGCACCAGAUGUGGGGGUUCAUGGUCCAGAUUGGCACCUGAAGAUGCCGAAAGUGAAAAUGCCUAAGUUCAGCAUGCCUGGUUUCAAAGGAGAGGGCCCAGAAGUAGAUGUGAACAUGCCCAAGGCUGACAUUGGUGUUUCAGGACCCAAGGUGGACAUUGAUGUUCCGGAUGUGAAUAUUGAAGGUCCAGAGGGGAAACUAAAGGGUCCGAAAUUCAAAAUGCCAAGCAUGAAUAUACAGACACACAAAAUCUCUAUGCCUGAUGUUGGACUUAAUCUGAAAGCCCCUAAACUGAAAACUGAUGUAGAUGUUUCUCUUCCCAAAGUGGAAGGAGACUUGAAAGGUCCUGGAAUUGACGUAAAAGCCCCUAAAGUGGAUGUGGAUGUUGGUGAUAUUGAUAUUGAAUGUCCAGAAGGGAAGCUGAAGGGCCCCAAGUUUAAGAUGCCUGAGAUGCACUUCAAGACUCCCAAGAUCUCCAUGCCUGAUGUGGACUUAAACUUGAAAGGCCCCAAAGUCAAAGGGGAUGUGGAUGUGUCUGUGCCCAAGAUAGAAGGGGAAAUGAAAGUGCCAGAUGUGGACAUCAAAGGCCCCAAAGUGGACGUUGCUGUCCCGGAUGUGGACGUUCACGGCCCAGACUGGCACCUGAAGAUGCCCAAGAUGAAAAUGCCCAAGUUCAGCAUGCCUGGCUUCAAAGGCGAGGGCCCAGAAGUGGAUGUGAACUUGCCUAAAGCUGACAUUGACGUCUCAGGACCCAAGGUGGACAUUGAAGCUCCGGAUGUGAGCCUUGAGGGUCCAGAAGGGAAGCUGAAGGGCCCCAAGUUUAAGAUGCCCGAGAUGCACUUCAAGGCCCCCAAGAUCUCCAUGCCUGAUGUGGACUUAAACUUGAAAGGCCCCAAAGUCAAAGGGGAUGUGGAUGUGUCUGUGCCCAAGAUAGAAGGGGAAAUGAAAGUGCCAGAUGUGGACAUCAAAGGCCCCAAAGUGGACGUUGCUGUCCCGGAUGUGGACGUUCACGGCCCAGACUGGCACCUGAAGAUGCCUAAGAUGAAAAUGCCCAAGUUCAGCAUGCCUGGCUUCAAAGGCGAGGGCCCAGAAGUGGAUGUGAACUUGCCUAAAGCUGACAUUGACGUCUCAGGACCCAAGGUGGACAUUGAAGCUCCGGAUGUGAGCCUUGAGGGUCCAGAAGGGAAGCUGAAGGGCCCCAAGUUUAAGAUGCCUGAGAUGCACUUCAAGGCCCCCAAGAUCUCCAUGCCUGAUGUGGACUUAAACUUGAAAGGCCCCAAAGUCAAAGGGGAUGUGGAUGUGUCUGUGCCCAAGAUAGAAGGGGAAAUGAAAGUGCCAGAUGUGGACAUCAAAGGCCCCAAAGUGGACGUUGCUGUCCCGGAUGUGGACGUUCACGGCCCAGACUGGCACCUGAAGAUGCCUAAGAUGAAAAUGCCCAAGUUCAGCAUGCCUGGCUUCAAAGGCGAGGGCCCAGAAGUGGAUGUGAACUUGCCUAAAGCUGACAUUGACGUCUCAGGACCCAAGGUGGACAUUGAAGCUCCGGAUGUGAGCCUUGAGGGUCCAGAAGGGAAGCUGAAGGGCCCCAAGUUUAAGAUGCCCGAGAUGCACUUCAAGGCCCCCAAGAUCUCCGUGCCUGAUGUGGACUUAAACUUGAAAGGCCCCAAAGUCAAAGGGGAUGUGGAUGUGUCUGUGCCCAAGAUAGAAGGGGAAAUGAAAGUGCCAGAUGUGGACAUCAAAGGCCCCAAAGUGGACGUUGAUGUCCCGGAUGUGGACGUUCACGGCCCAGACUGGCACCUGAAGAUGCCCAAGGUGAAAAUGCCCAAGUUCAGCAUGCCUGGCUUCAAAGGCGAGGGCCCAGAAGUGGAUGUGAACUUGCCUAAAGCUGACAUUGACAUCUCAGGACCCAAGGUGGACAUUGAAGCUCCGGAUGUGAGCCUUGAGGGUCCAGAAGGGAAGCUGAAGGGCCCCAAGUUUAAGAUGCCCGAGAUGCACUUCAAGGCCCCCAAGAUCUCCAUGCCUGAUGUGGACUUAAACUUGAAAGGCCCCAAAGUCAAAGGGGAUGUGGAUGUGUCUGUGCCCAAGAUAGAAGGGGAAAUGAAAGUGCCAGAUGUGGAUAUCAAAGGCCCCAAAGUGGACGUUGCUGUCCCGGAUGUGGACGUUCACGGCCCAGACUGGCACCUGAAGAUGCCCAAGAUGAAAAUGCCCAAGUUCAGCAUGCCUGGCUUCAAAGGCGAGGGCCCAGAAGUGGAUGUGAACCUACCAAAGGCUGACAUUAAUGUUUCUGGCCCCAAAGUGGACAUUGAUACUCCUGAUUUGGAAAUUGAGGGACCAGAAGGAAAAUUAAAAGGCUCUAAAUUUAAGAUGCCUAGGUUGAAUAUCAAAGCUCCCAAGAUCUCCAUGCCAGAUGUGGACUUGAAUUUGAAGGGACCCAAGGUGAAAGGAGAGGUGGAUGCUUCUGUGCCAGAACUAGAAGGUGAUCUCAGAGGUCCCAGUGUGGAUGUGGAGGUGCCUGAUGUUGAUCUGGAAUGUCCUGAUGCAAAGUUGAAAGGGCCCAAGUUUAAGAUGCCUGAGAUGCACUUCAAGGCCCCCAAGAUCUCCAUGCCUGAUGUGGACUUUAAUUUGAAAGGCCCCAGAGUAAAAGGGGAUGUGGAUGUGUCUGUGCCAAAAUUGGAGGGAGAUUUGAAAGGUCCCAGUGUGGAUGUGGAGGUGCCCGAUGUUGAUCUGGAAUGUCCUGAAGCAAAGUUGAAAGGGCCCAAGUUUAAGAUGCCUGAGAUGCACUUCAAGGCCCCCAAGAUCUCCAUGCCUGAUGUGGACUUAAACUUGAAAGGCCCCAAAGUCAAAGGGGAUGUGGAUGUGUCUGUGCCCAAGAUAGAAGGGGAAAUGAAAGUGCCAGAUGUGGACAUCAAAGGCCCCAAAGUGGACGUUGAUGUCCCGGAUGUGGACGUUCACGGCCCAGACUGGCACCUGAAGAUGCCCAAGGUGAAAAUGCCCAAGUUCAGCAUGCCUGGCUUCAAAGGCGAGGGCCCAGAAGUGGAUGUGAACUUGCCUAAAGCUGACAUUGACAUCUCAGGACCCAAGGUGGACAUUGAAGCUCCGGAUGUGAGCCUUGAGGGUCCAGAAGGGAAGCUGAAGGGCCCCAAGUUUAAGAUGCCCGAGAUGCACUUCAAGGCCCCCAAGAUCUCCAUGCCUGAUGUUGAUUUCAACCUAAAGGGGCCUAAAACCAAAGGGGACUUUGAUGUUUCUGCCCCAAAGCUAGAAGGAGAGUUAAAGGGUCCAAGCUUGGAUGCCAAAGGCCCCAAAUUGGAUGUUGAAAUGCCAGAUGUAGCUGUGGAAGGCCCUGAUGGCAAAUGGAAAAGUCCCAAAUUUAAGAUGCCAGACAUGCACUUUAAAACUCCCAAAAUCUCCAUGCCGGACAUUGAUCUCCACUUAAAAAGCCCCAAGAUAAAGGGAGAGGUGGAUGUAGAUGUUCCUAAAUUGGAAGGUGACCUCAGAGGUGACAUCAGUGGGCCAGAUGUUGACAUUGAAGGACCAGAAGGCAAAUUGAAAGGCCCCAAGUUCAAGAUGCCUGACAUGCAUUUCAAGGCUCCAAGUAUUUCUAUGCCUGAUGUGGACCUAAAUCUGAAAGGACCAAAAAUCAAGGGGGAUGUAGAUGUGUCUGUGCCUGAGGUAGAAGGUAAAAUUAAAGUACCAGAUGUGAAUAUCAAGGGCCCCAAAGUAGACAUAAAUGCUCCUGAUGUUCAAGGCCCAGACUGGCACGUGAAGAUGCCCAAGAUGAAAAUGCCCAAGUUCAGCAUGCCUGGCUUCAAAGCAGAGGGCCCAGAAGUGGAUGUGAAUCUUCCCAAGGCUGAUAUUGAUAUCUCAGGACCCAAAGCAGACAUCGAAGUCCCAGAAAUGAGCAUUGAGGGUCCAGAGGGAAAAAUCAAGGGGCCUAAAUUUAAGAUGCCAGAGAUGAACAUCAAAGCCCCCAAGAUCUCCAUGCCAGACUUUGAUUUACACCUGAAAAGCCCUAAGGUGAAAGGAGAUGCGGAUGUUUCUCUGCCUAAAGUAGAAGGUGACCUCAAGGGCCCUGAAGUUGACAUCAAAGGGCCCAAAGUGGACAUUGAUGCUCCAGAUGUGGAUGUUCAAGGCCCAGACUGGCACCUGAAGAUGCCCAAGAUAAAAAUGCCCAAGUUCAGCAUGCCUGGCUUCAAAGGAGAAGGCCCAGGUGUGGAUGUAAACCUGCCGAAGGCUGACAUCGAUGUGUCAGGGGCCAAGGUGGACAUUGAAGGUCCUGAUGUGAAUAUUGAAGGACCAGAGGGAAAGGUGAAAGGUCCUAAGUUCAAGAUGCCUGAAAUGCAUUUUAAGACUCCAAAGAUAUCCAUGCCAGAUAUUGAUCUUAAUCUAACAGGUCCAAAGAUAAAAGGAGAUGUGGAUGUCACAGGCCCCAAGGUAGAGGGAGACCUCAAAGGACCUGAAGUUGACCUCAAGGGCCCCAAAGUGGACAUUGAUGUCCCAGAUGUGGACGUUCAUGGCCCAGACUGGCACCUGAAGAUGCCCAAGGUGAAAAUGCCCAAGUUCAGCAUGCCUGGCUUCAAAGGAGAAGGCCCAGAAGUGGAUGUGAACCUGCCCAAGGCCGACAUUGAUGUCUCAGGACCCAAGGUGGACAUUGAAGGUCCUGAUGUUAACAUUGAAGGACCAGAGGGAAAGUUGAAAGGUCCUAAGUUCAAGAUGCCAGAGAUGAAUAUCAAAGCCCCCAAGAUCUCCAUGCCUGACCUUGAUUUACACCUGAAAGGACCUAAGGUGAAAGGAGAUGUGGAUGUUUCUCUGCCUAAGGUGGAAGGUGACCUCAAGGGCCCUGAAGUUGACCUCAAGGGCCCCAAGGUGGACAUUGAUGUCCCAGAUGUGGACGUUCAUGGCCCAGACUGGCACCUGAAGAUGCCCAAGGUGAAAAUGCCCAAGUUCAGCAUGCCUGGCUUCAAAGGGGAGGGCCCAGAAGUGGAUGUGAACCUGCCCAAGGCCGACAUUGACGUCUCAGGACCCAAGGUGGACAUUGAUGUUCCCGAUGUGAAUAUUGAAGGUCCAGAUGCAAAACUGAAGGGCCCCAAGUUCAAGAUGCCAGAGAUGAACAUCAAAGCCCCUAAGAUCUCCAUGCCUGACCUUGACCUGAACCUGAAAGGACCCAAAGUGAAGGGUGAUGUGGAUGUUUCUCUGCCUAAAGUGGAAGGUGACCUCAAGGGCCCUGAAGUAGACCUCAAGGGCCCCAAAGUGGACAUUGAUGUCCCAGAUGUGGACGUUCAUGGCCCAGACUGGCACCUGAAGAUGCCCAAGGUGAAAAUGCCCAAGUUCAGCAUGCCUGGCUUCAAAGGGGAGGGCCCAGAAGUGGAUGUGAACCUGCCCAAGGCCGACAUUGACGUCUCAGGACCCAAGGUGGACAUUGAUGUUCCCGAUGUGAAUAUUGAAGGUCCAGAUGCAAAACUGAAGGGCCCCAAGUUCAAGAUGCCAGAGAUGAACAUCAAAGCUCCUAAGAUAUCAAUGCCAGACUUGGACCUUAAUCUAAAAGGCCCUAAAAUGAAAGGAGAGGGGGACGUUUCACUUCCAAAUGUAGAAGGUGAUUUGAAAGGGCCUACUCUUGACAUCAAGGGGCCAAAGAUAGAUGUUGACGUACCAGAUGUUGACAUCCAUGGCCCGGAAGGUAAACUAAAAGGUCCAAAGCUCAAGAUGCCUGACAUGCAUGUGAACGUGCCCAAGAUCUCCAUGCCAGAAAUUGACCUGAAUUUGAAAGGCUCAAAACCUAAGGGAGAUAUUGAUGUUUCUGGGCCCAAACUGGAAGGUGACAUUAAAGCUCCCAAGUUGGAUGUCAAGGGCCCAGAAGUGGACAUUUCUGGUCCUAAACUCAAUGUUGAAGGCAAGUCAAAGAAAUCUCGGUUUAAGCUUCCCAAAUUUAAUUUUUCAGGCUCCAAAGUUCAGACACCUGAGGUAGAUGUCAAAGUCAAAAAGCCAGAUAUUGAUGUAACAGCUCCAAAAGUUGAUAUUAAUGCUCCCGACGUUGAGGUCCAGGGAAAAGUGAAAGGACCCAAAUUCAAAAUGCCUUUCCUGAGUAUUUCAUCUCCUAAAGUGUCUAUGCCUGAUGUAGAGUUAAAUCUUAAAGGUCCUAAAGUCAAAGGAGACUUAGAUGUCACAGGUCCUAAUUUAGAAGGUGACUUUAAAGCACCCAAAGUAGAUAUUAAGGCACCAGAAGUUCAUCUUGAUGCACCUGAUGUGGAUGUUCAUGGCCCAGACUGGCAUCUAAAGAUGCCGAAGAUGAAAAUGCCCAAAUUCAGCGUGCCUGGCUUAAAAGCAGAAGGACCAGAAAUGGCUGUGGAUCUGCCUAAAGGAGAUGUCAACAUAGAGGGUCCCAGAUUGGACAUUGAAGGCCCAGAAGUCCAUGUGGAAGGCCCAGAGGGAAGCAUAAAAGGUCCCAAACUCAAGAUGCCUGAUAUGAAUAUUAAAGCUCCCAAGAUCUCCAUGCCUGACAUUGACUUAAACCUCAAGGGCCCCAAGGUGAAAGGUGAUGUGGAUGUUUCUCUGCCUAAGGUGGAAGGGGAUCUGAAAGGACCAGAAAUUGAUAUCAAAGGCCCCAAAGUGGACAUUGAUGCUCCUGAUGUGGACGUUCAUGGCCCAGACUGGCACCUGAAGAUGCCCAAGGUGAAAAUGCCCAAGUUCAGCAUGCCUGGCUUCAAAGGCGAGGGCCCAGAAGUGGAUGUGAACCUGCCCAAGGCCGACAUUGAUGUCUCAGGACCCAAGGUGGACAUUGAUGUUCCUGAUGUGAAUAUUGAAGGUCCAGAUGCAAAACUGAAGGGCCCCAAGUUCAAGAUGCCAGAGAUGAACAUCAAAGCCCCCAAGAUCUCCAUGCCUGACAUUGAUCUGAAGGGCCCCAAAGUGAAGGGUGAUGUGGAUGUGUCUUUGCCAAAAUUGGAGGGCGACCUCAAGGGCCCGGAGCUGGAUAUCAAAGGUCCCAAGGUGGACAUUGAAACUCCUGACAUUGACAUUCAUGGUCCAGAAGGGAAGCUGAAGGGCCCCAAGUUUAAAAUGCCUGACCUGCACCUCAAGGCACCCAAGAUCUCCAUGCCUGAGGUUGACCUGAAUCUGAAGGGUCCCAAGGUAAAGGGCGACAUGGACGUUUCUCUGCCUAAGGUGGAAGGUGACCUCAAGGGCCCUGAAGUUGACCUCAAGGGCCCCAAGGUGGACAUUGAUGUCCCAGAUGUGGACGUUCAUGGCCCAGACUGGCACCUGAAGAUGCCCAAGGUGAAAAUGCCCAAGUUCAGCAUGCCUGGCUUCAAAGGGGAGGGCCCAGAAGUGGAUGUGAACCUGCCCAAGGCCGACAUUGACGUCUCAGGACCCAAGGUGGACAUUGAUGUUCCCGAUGUGAAUAUUGAAGGUCCAGAUGCAAAACUGAAGGGCCCCAAGUUCAAGAUGCCAGAGAUGAACAUCAAAGCCCCCAAGAUCUCCAUGCCUGACCUUGACCUGAACCUGAAAGGACCCAAAGUGAAGGGUGAUGUGGAUGUUUCUCUGCCUAAAGUGGAAGGUGACCUCAAGGGCCCUGAAGUAGACCUCAAGGGCCCCAAAGUGGACAUUGAUGUCCCAGAUGUGGACGUUCAUGGCCCAGACUGGCACCUGAAGAUGCCCAAGGUGAAAAUGCCCAAGUUCAGCAUGCCUGGCUUCAAAGGGGAGGGCCCAGAAGUGGAUGUGAACCUGCCCAAGGCCGACAUUGACGUCUCAGGACCCAAGGUGGACAUAGAUGCUCCUGACAUUGACAUUCAUGGUCCAGAAGGGAAGCUGAAGGGCCCCAAGUUUAAAAUGCCUGACCUGCACCUCAAGGCACCCAAGAUCUCCAUGCCUGAGGUUGACCUGAAUCUGAAGGGUCCCAAGGUAAAGGGCGACAUGGACGUUUCUCUGCCUAAGGUGGAAGGUGACCUCAAGGGCCCUGAAGUUGACCUCAAGGGCCCCAAGGUGGACAUUGAUGUCCCAGAUGUGGACGUUCAUGGCCCAGACUGGCACCUGAAGAUGCCCAAGGUGAAAAUGCCCAAGUUCAGCAUGCCUGGCUUCAAAGGGGAGGGCCCAGAAGUGGAUGUGAACCUGCCCAAGGCCGACAUUGACGUCUCAGGACCCAAGGUGGACAUAGACGCUCCUGACAUUGACAUUCAUGGUCCAGAAGGGAAGCUGAAGGGCCCCAAGUUUAAAAUGCCUGACCUGCACCUCAAGGCACCCAAGAUCUCCAUGCCUGAGGUUGACCUGAAUCUGAAGGGUCCCAAGGUAAAGGGCGACAUGGACGUUUCUCUGCCUAAGGUGGAAGGUGACCUCAAGGGCCCUGAAGUUGACCUCAAGGGCCCCAAGGUGGACAUUGAUGUCCCAGAUGUGGACGUUCAUGGCCCAGACUGGCACCUGAAGAUGCCCAAGGUGAAAAUGCCCAAGUUCAGCAUGCCUGGCUUCAAAGGGGAGGGCCCAGAAGUGGAUGUGAACCUGCCCAAGGCCGACAUUGACGUCUCAGGACCCAAGGUGGACAUUGAUGUUCCCGAUGUGAAUAUUGAAGGUCCAGAUGCAAAACUGAAGGGCCCCAAGUUCAAGAUGCCAGAGAUGAAUAUCAAAGCCCCCAAGAUCUCCAUGCCUGACCUUGACUUUAACCUGAAGGGCCCCAAAAUAAAGGGUGAUGUUGAUAUCACUGUGCCCAAAGUUGAGGGUGACCUCCAGGGCCCUGACGUGGACCUCAAAGGACCCAAACUGGACAUCGACACUCCUGAUAUCAAUAUUGAAGGUCCAGAAGGAAAACUGAAGGGGCCUAAGUUUAAAAUGCCAGAGAUGAACAUUAAAGCCCCCAAGAUUUCCAUGCCUGAUUUUGACUUAAGUCUGAAAGGGCCCAAGGUAAAGGGGGAUGUGGACCUUUCACUGCCUAAAGUCGAAGGUGACUUGAAAGGGCCAGAGAUGGACAUUGAAGGUCCAGAAGGAAAGCUUAAAGGACCCAAAUUUAAGAUGCCUGAUGUCCAUUUCAAAACCCCACAAAUCUCCAUGAGUGACAUUGAUUUGAACUUGAAAGGACCUAAGAUAAAAGGAGAUUUGGACACUUCCAUCCCUAAACUAGAAGGAGAUGUGAAAGGCCCAAAAGUGGACAUUAAAGGCCCUAAGCUGGACAUAGACACUCCCGACAUUGACAUUCAUGGUCCAGAAGGGAAGCUGAAGGGCCCCAAGUUUAAAAUGCCUGACCUGCACCUCAAGGCACCCAAGAUCUCCAUGCCUGAGGUUGACCUGAAUCUGAAGGGUCCCAAGGUAAAGGGCGACAUGGACGUUUCUCUGCCUAAGGUGGAAGGUGACCUCAAGGGCCCUGAAGUUGACCUCAAGGGCCCCAAAGUGGACAUUGAUGUUCCCGAUGUGAAUAUUGAAGGUCCAGAUGCAAAACUGAAGGGCCCCAAGUUCAAGAUGCCAGAGAUGAACAUCAAAGCCCCCAAGAUCUCCAUGCCUGACCUUGACCUGAACCUGAAAGGACCCAAAGUGAAGGGUGAUGUGGAUGUUUCUCUGCCUAAAGUGGAAGGUGACCUCAAGGGCCCUGAAGUAGACCUCAAGGGCCCCAAAGUGGACAUUGAUGUCCCAGAUGUGGACGUUCAUGGCCCAGACUGGCACCUGAAGAUGCCCAAGGUGAAAAUGCCCAAGUUCAGCAUGCCUGGCUUCAAAGGGGAGGGCCCAGAAGUGGAUGUGAACCUGCCCAAGGCCAACAUUGACGUCUCAGGACCCAAGGUGGACAUUGAUGUUCCCGAUGUGAAUAUUGAAGGUCCAGAUGCAAAACUGAAGGGCCCCAAGUUCAAGAUGCCAGAGAUGAACAUCAAAGCUCCCAAGAUCUCCAUGCCUGACAUUGACUUAAACCUCAAGGGCCCCAAGGUGAAAGGUGAUGUGGAUGUUUCUCUGCCUAAGGUGGAAGGGGAUCUGAAAGGACCAGAAAUUGAUAUCAAAGGCCCCAAAGUGGACAUUGAUGCUCCUGAUGUGGACGUUCAUGGCCCAGACUGGCACCUGAAGAUGCCCAAGGUGAAAAUGCCCAAGUUCAGCAUGCCUGGCUUCAAAGGCGAGGGCCCAGAAGUGGAUGUGAACCUGCCCAAGGCCGACAUUGACGUCUCAGGACCCAAGGUGGACAUUGAUGUUCCCGAUGUGAAUAUUGAAGGUCCAGAUGCAAAACUGAAGGGCCCCAAGUUCAAGAUGCCAGAGAUGAACAUCAAAGCCCCCAAGAUCUCCAUGCCUGAUGUUGACCUGGAUUUGAAAGGACCCAGAGGCAAAGGAGAUUUUGAUGUGUCUGUCCCUAAGAUUGAAGGGACUUUCAAAGGCCCAGAAGUGGACCUUAAAGGACCAGGCCUGGAUUUUGAAGGCCCUGAUGCCAAACUCAGUGGCCCAAAUGUGAAGAUGCCAUCACUGGAUAUAUCUGCCCCUAAAGUCACUGCUCCUGAUAUCGAUCUGCAUCUCAAGGCACCCCAAAUUGGGGUUUCUGGCCCCAAGUUAGAAGGUGGUGAACUGGACCUCAAGGGACCCAAAGUUGAUUUAGAAGCCCCCAGCUUAGAUGUACAUAUGGAGAGCCCGGAUAUUAACAUUGAGGGGCCAGAUGUGAAAAUUCCCAAAUUUAAGAAGCCCAAGUUUGGAUUUGGGACAAAAAGUCCCAAAGCUGAGUUCAAAUCACCAUCUGUUGAUGUGACAGUUCCUGAGGCAGAGCUGAAUGUCGAGACUCCUGAAAUUAGUGUGGGUGGCAAGGGCAAGAAAAGUAAGUUCAAGAUGCCUAAAAUUCACAUGAGCGGUCCUAAAAUUAAGGCCAAAAAACAAGGAUUUGAUUUGAAUGCUCCUGGGGGUGAAAUUGAUGCCAGUCUCAAGUCUCCUGACCUAGAUGUCCAUGUCGCGGGGCCCGAUGCCACCCUUAAAGCUGACGUGAAAUCUCCCAAGACCAAGAAACCUAUGUUUGGAAAAAUGUACUUCCCAGAUGUAGAAUUUGACAUUAAAUCACCUAAAUUUAAAGCUGAGGCUCCCCUCCCUAGCCCCAAACUAGGGGGUGACAUCCAGGCACCUGAUCUGGACAUUUCUGCACCAGGGGUUCAUGUGGAAGGUCCUGAUGUUAAGCUGAAGGCUCCCAAGUUCAAGGUACCAGGCGUGGAUGUUUCAGGGCCAAAAAUAGAAGGCGACUUGAAAGGCCCCAGGGUGCAGGCAAACUUGGAUGCACCUGACAUCAACCUUGAAGGCCCAGAUGCUACAAUCAAAGCACCGACAUUUGGCAUCUCUGCCCCUCAAGUCUCCGUCCCUGAUGUGAACGUUAGCUUGAAGGGACCAAAGAUAAAGGGUGGUGUCCCCAGUGUGGGACUGGAAGGACCAGACGUAGAUCUGCAAGGUCCAGAUUCGAAAAUUAAGUUCCCCAAGUUUUCGAUGCCCAAGAUCGGCGUCCCUGGUGUGAAAGUGGAGGGUGGGGGAGCCGAGGUGCAGCUGCCCUCUCUCGAAGGAGGCUUGAGCACGCCCGAUGUUAAGCUCGAAGGGCCUGAUGUGUCCCUAAAGGGGCCAAAAGUCGAUUUGCCUUCAGUGAACCUCUCUAUGCCAAAAGUCUCUGGACCUGACCUUGACCUGAACUUGAAAGGACCAAGUUUGAAGGGAGACCUGGAUGCGUCUGUUCCCAGCAUGAAGGUGCACACCCCUGGGUUUGACCUCAGAGGUGUGGGCGGACAGGUGAAGGUGGAAGGUGAUGGGGUGAGAGUGCCUGGACUUGGUGGCACAGCAACGCUUGAGGUUGGUGCGCCAGAUGUGACCCUGAAGGGACCAAGCCUGCAGGGGGACCUGGCCGUCUCUGGUGACAUCAAGUGCCCUAAAGUAUCAGUAGGUGCUCCUGACCUAAGCUUGGAGGCACCUGAAGGUGGUAUUAAACUUCCCAAGAUGAAGCUGCCCCAGUUUGGCAUCUCUGCUCCGGGGUCCGACUUGGACAUCAAUCUCAAGGGGCCACAGGUCACGGGAGAACUAAAGGGGCCCGGCCUGAACCUGAAAGGGCCUCAGCUCUCCGGCCCUCAAAUCUCAGCCCCAGAUGUGGACUUGAACUUGGAAGGACCAAAAGUGAAAGGGAGCCUUGGGGCCACUGGUGAGAUGAAAGGCCCCACCACGGUUGGAGGAAGUCUUCCGGGCAUCAGUGUUCAAGGCCUUGAAGGAAACCUCCAGAUGCCUGGAAUGAAGUCCUCCGGAUGUGAGGUGGAGCUGCCGGGUGUGAAUGUGAAACUCCCAGCCGGGCAAAUUUCUGGUCCUGAAAUCAAAGGCGAUCUGAAAGGCUCAGGAAUAGGUUUCCAUGGAGCCGCCCCCGACAUCGGCAUGAAAGGGCCUUCUUUUAACGUGGCAUCUCCUGAGUCAGGUUUUGGUGUCCUCUUGAAGGGCCCGAAGAUCAAAGGAGGUGCGGAUGUUUCAGGGGGUGUCAGCGCCACAGAUAUCAGCCUGGGCGAAGGGCACGUGAGCGUCAAAGGUCCCGAGGGUGAGUGGAAGGGACCUCAGGUCUCCUCUGCUCUCCACUUGGAUGCACCUGCCUUUGCUGGAGGACUUCAUUUCUCAGGACCAAAGGGAGAAGGAGGCCAGAUUGGACUUCAGGGUCCCGGGCUGAGCGUGUCUGGGCCUCAGGGUCACUUGGAAAGUGGAUCUGGAAAAGUAACAUUCCCCAAGAUGAAGAUUCCCAAGUUCACCUUCUCUGGCCGCGAGCUGGUUGGCCGAGAGGUCGGGGUGGAUAUCAACUUCCCUAAAGCAGAGGCCAGCGCCCAGUCUGGUGCCGGAGAUGGCGAGGGCGAAGAGUCAGAUGUGAAGCUGAAAAAGGCCAAAAUCAAGAUGCCCAAGUUCAAUUUUUCCAAACCUAAAGGGAAAAGUGGUGUCACUGGCUCACCAGAAGCAUCCAUUGCGGGCUCCAAAGGUGACCUGAAGAGCUCCAAGGCCAGCCUAGGCUCUCUGGAAGGAGAGGCAGAGGGUGAAACAUCUUCGCCCAAAGGCAAAUUCUCCUUGUUCAAAAGCAAGAAGCCGCGGCACCGCUCAAAUUCCUUCAGCGACGAGAGGGAGCUCUCUGAGCCUUCCACCCCGACGGGGACUUUGGAGUUUGAAGGUGGCGAAGUGUCGCUGGAAGGCGGGAAAGCCAAAGCGAAGCACACGAAGCUGAAAUUUGGUACCUUUGGUGGGUUGGGGUCAAAGAGCAAAGGUCAUUAUGAGGUGACUGGGAGCGAUGAUGAGGCAGGCAAGGUGCAGGGGAGUGGCGUGUCCCUGGCCUCUAAGAAGUCCCGACUGUCGUCAUCGUCCAGCAACGACAGUGGGACCAAGGUGGGCAUCCAGCUUCCUGAGGUGGAGCUGACAGUUUCCACAAAGAAAGAGUAGCACGCUUGUGCGUGUGUGUGUGUACAUAUCUGUAUAAAAAUACAUCAGCCUUGGGUGUGUUUGUAUAUAAACUCCAAAGAGAAACACGCCGACAGCCUCAGCAAUAAUGCGAAGAUCGGGCCUCUGCCAGGGGCAAGCGCUGAAAAGCCAACCGACCGUCUUUAGGCUCCUCCUGGAGCUUUACAGAUAGGGAAGGGGUUCCAGGAUCUUUGUCCAGCCCGUGUGCAAAGUCAACAGUAUUUGCCUUAAGUUUUUUUGGUGGUUUUUUUUUUUUUGCAUUGAACGCUGAGAGCUCCUGUUUACUAAGCAAGCUUUUGUGUUUAUUAUUCUCAUUUUUACUGAAACUUGUUAGUGUUGGGGUCAUGGAAACCCACGUUUUCAUUGUAAUGACUUUUGGGGCUUUUGUUAGGAAGGGUGGGGUGGGGUAGAAGGCAGUCGAGGGGGGGCAUCCAGACCCCCCAUUUCUUCUACACGUGGAUCUGUUCAAACAGCAAACACCCCCAGCUGGCUGAGAGCAGGCAGCAGGCAAGGCGGGUGGGUGUUUCCAGAACUCUAGCAGAGCCUGUUUCCCCCCCACCCCCCCCGGGGGGGGGGGUCCCAACCUGUUUGGUGCUCACGGUGAGAGGGAGUUUGAAUCUGUUUGCAAAGUAGCCAACCCCCCAGCUCAACACACGGCCUUCCGUUCUGUGUGUUGUAAGAGAAAUGUUUUGUCAUCGCCACGUUCCUGAUAAUUAGUUCUGAUUUCUUUUUAACAAAUGUUAUGAUGAUUAAGGCAAUUUCCAGCACUUUAAUGGCAAAUUAAUUGAGAAUGUAAGACAAUUGAUGCUGUCAAGGGCAAAUAAAGCUGUUUAUUAACCCCGA